AUGAACGGCAUCUCCCUGAGUUUGCUGCCCUACAGCAGCCAGCUGGCCCCUUGGAUUCAGGCGCCCGUGGCGUGCAGCGCCUGGCCCAAGGCGGUGGCACCGCAGUUCCCGGAGCUGGCACCGGUGAAGGUGAAGGACUGCUUCGAGGGAGUGUCACCCUCCAGCGAUGAAAACGUCAAAGGGAUUCUAGAAAAGGCUUGCAAGGCUCUCAUUGAAGCCAAGGCGGAGCUAGAUCGCUUGGACAGCAAGGUGGGGGAUGCAGAUUGCGGCUCCACCAUGGCCAAGGCAGCCAGCAGCAUUCUGGAGAAGCAGGAGCAGCUCCCUAUGGCAGACCCUAAGGCCUUCUGCGCGUGCUUGUCAGAUUUGCUGGGCAAAACUAUGGGUGGUUCCUCCGGAGUUCUACUAAGCAUCAUGUUCAUGGGGAUGUCCAGUCAUUUGGAUGGAUCCAAUAGCUGGUCCUCGGGGCCUGCUGCCCUGAAGGUAGGUUUGCAGGCCAUGAUGGAUGCUGGUGGAGCAGCGCCAGGCGCUCGCACGAUGUUAGACGCAUUGGUUCCUGCUGCAGAUGCCCUGGUGGAACAGAAGGGACUGACAGGUGCAGCGGCUGCCGCCAAGGAGGGAACGGAGAAGACAAAGUCCAUGAAGCCCAAGGCGGGUCGCUCAGAGAAUGUGCCCGAGUCUGUGCUCAAAGGAGUGCCAGAUCCAGGCGCCAAGGCAGUUGAGCUGGUCUUCGAAUGGCGGGAAUUCUUAGAUGAGAUUCUGAAGGCAGCUCCGAAGCAGCGCCUCCCGUGGCCAGAGCUGCAACAGCGGGCGCUGCAAAAGCUGACGCGGAGCCGGAGCGCGAGCGGAAAACGGCGGAAGGUGGCGUUGGAGGUGCUGGCUCAUUUGCCUGCGGACUACGUCAACCCGAGGGAUCCCUUCGUGCGGCUGCCGCAGACACCGCAGACUCCGACUCCGCGCGGAGAUUCGCUGCGGGUGAUUUGCUGCGGAGAUCUUCAUGCGCUGCGACAUGAGAUCCAGGCGCUUGGGAUUCAACCCAUGUCCCCCGGCAUGGCAAAGGGCAAAUCUUAG